AUGAACUCCGCCGGCGGCCCUCCGAGAGUUCCGGAACGGCGCCCAGACCGCCGGAAGUGCCCCGCCGGCACCGCUCUGCGCUCCUCCUCGGCCAAGAUGGCGGAGCUGAGCGGCGGUGGCGUCGGCGGCGGCGCCUCGUCCUCCUCGCAGCCGGGCCAGGGCGGGGGCCAAGGCGGGGGCGACGGCGAGCCCGCGGCGACGGCAGCCCCGACGGGCGCCCUGAUCCGCGUGACGGUGAAGACGCCGAAGGACAAGGAGGAGAUCGUGACCGGCGAGCGCGUCUCCGUCAGGGAGGUCCGGGUGCAAGAACCUCCCGGGGUGACAGUGGCUUCCCCUCCGGUCCCCUCCGCCACUGCUCUGCCUGCCACGGGGGUAGUUCUGGCCCCUUCCGCAGCUCCUGCUUCACCUGCGGCCCCCUCCCAGCCAUCCACCUCCAGCAGCAGCCUUUCAGAUGUGGGAAACAGCAACUGGAGGAGCAGCGCUUUGGGAGGCACGCCGGGGUCAGCAGGGGAAGGAAUGCCCAGCGGUGCCACCUCCAUCCUGUCCGGCUUUGGGGGCAUUGCCGGGCUUGGCCACCUGGGGAUGGGCUCGGCAAACUUCAUGGAGCUCCAGCAGCAGAUGCAGCGGCAGCUGAUGUCCAAUCCGGAGAUGCUGUCCCAGAUCAUGGAGAACCCCUUGGUCCAGAGCAUGAUGUCCAACCCAGACUUCAUGAGGCGGACGAUCACGGCCAACCCCCAGAUGCAGCAGCUGAUGGAACGGAACCCAGAGAUCACCCACAUGCUGAACAACCCCGAGCUGAUGCGCCAGACCAUGGAGUUGGCACGCAACCCGGCCAUGAUGCAAGAGAUGAUGCGCAACCAGGACCGAGCCCUGAGCAACUUGGAGAGUGUUCCCGGAGGGUACAGUGCCUUGCGGCGCAUGUACACGGAUAUCCAGGAACCGAUGUUCAGCGCUGCCAGGGAACAGUUUGGCAACAAUCCCUUCUCUGCGCUCACUGGGAGUUCGGACACCCCAAACUCCGAGCCUCUGCGGACGGAGAACCGAGAGCCGUUGCCCAACCCUUGGAAUCCCGUUCCCGCUUCUCAGGGCCAGGAGCCGGAGAACGAAGGAAGCCCUGAGCCCGUCCCAAGCCGGAGCACGCCCACCAUCUCCAACCCUUUGGGGGUCAAUGCAGCUGCUUUGGGGUCAGGAAUGUUCAGCAGCCCGGAGAUGCAGGGUCUCCUCCAGCAGGUCUCUGAGAAUCCUCAGCUGAUGCAGAGUGCGAUUUCGGCUCCUUACAUGCGCACAAUGUUGCAGACGCUCACCCAAAACCCAGAGGUUGCCGCUCAGAUGAUGGUCAACGCUCCGCUCUUUUCUGGCAACGCUUCCCUUCAGGAGCAGCUGCGCCUUCAGCUGCCCGCCUUCCUACAGCAGAUGCAGAACCCCGACUCGCUCUCGAUCCUGACGAACCCUCGUGCCAUGCAGGCUUUGCUUCAGAUCCAGCAGGGACUCCAGACGCUGCAGACGGAGGCCCCAGGCCUCGUGCCCAGUCUGGGAUCUCUUGGGCCCCCCCAGCCCCCUGCACCUUCUGCCGGAGGAACUGCAGUCCCGGAGCCCCCCAUAUCCAGCAUCUUGGCCCCUGCCAGCGCCUCCCCAGCUGGGGACAGUAACCCCUCCCAGCAGCUCAUGCAGCACAUGGCCCAGCUCCUGGCCAGUGCCAACUCUCAGGCGCAAAGCCCAGAAGUCCGGUUCCAACAACAGCUGGAGCAGCUGAGCGCUAUGGGCUUCAUCAACCGCGAGGCCAACCUCCAGGCCCUCAUUGCUACGGGAGGAGACAUCAACGCCGCCAUUGAGAGACUGCUGGGCUUCCAGGCUUCCUAACACCAUGCCAGGCGCCUCUGAUGUGCUCCGGGCUCUUGGGGACCUUUCCAGGGGCGAGCCAUGUUCAUAGCCAACCCUGGUCGCUGCCCAUCCCUAAAGGACCGGAACCAAACUCCUCCGGUUCAGUACAGCCAGCCCAGUCUUGCACCGAAUGCUUUAGACCAGGGCUGUCCAACCUUGGCUACUUUAAGACUUGCGGACUGCAACUCCCAGAAUUCCGGGAGCUGAAGUCCAGAGGUCUUAAGGUUGUACACCCCUGCUUUAGAUGCUGCAUUGUGCAUGGAUUCCAGGCCCCACGACUGUUUUGGAACUGUUUCUCCCCCCCUCCCCUUAUUCCUGCCCCCACUUUGUUCUCAAAAUUAGGUUCCUCCUCCUUUUAGUUCAUAUUAAUAUAACUUCUAGAUAACCCAAACUGUUGUGUUCAAUUAGUUUGCCCUUUGCUUAGAUUUUUUUUUCCCCCUUCCCACCCAAAGCUAAACCAGAAGGAAAUGCCAGCGGUGGUCCUCCUGUCCAGAGUGGGUCUCAUGCAAGAGAGAAAGAGGGGACAAUAUGAUUAAAUGCUAGUAAAAAUAA